AAAGUGGUAUAUACAUGAUUUCUAAAUUUUACCGACUGACUUGUACAGGAAAGUUAUUCUUGGACGGAUAUAUUUCUUUAUUGAAGGUACCAUGACUUUUAGGUAAACACAGUGACGGAUCGAGAGCAAUACAGGUGAGAGGGAGAGGAAGGUCGACUGAGCCGAGGAGAAAAUGGAAAUACAAAUAUCAGCUCUGCGAACAGUUUACUAUUCCAGUGUUUGCAUUAGAGGUUGAAGGAGGAAGAGGAUAGGCAAUCGCGAUUGUUUAUUGUUAGAGAAGGUAAUGUUUGGUUUGGCACAGGGAAAUCCACGAGCGUGGUCCGCGGAGAAAGACGCGCUGCGUUGACAGACAACGGCCUUAUAGGGCAGGCGGCAAAACCAACAAGCACACCGCUGCAGCCGCUGAAAGCCGAUUAAUUAUUAGUGGUGUGAUAUGGAGCCAGGCAAAGUCACGGAAGUUCGAGAAGCUCACUGUUGUCUACUGUAGUGGUUACAAGUUUUAACGAAUGGGGACAUUCAUUUCAAUGGAGCGACUAAUGAGACCUAAACAUACAAGUUUAAGGUCCAUGGAAAGUUGAACAAAUUACCCCUAGCGGUUGUUAAGGACUUCGUUUGUGGACAGCAUCACCACGCGUGCACUUUCACAUUAGCCUGCCAUCGCACACCAGUACAGAGGAAAACUUCUUGGUUCUACUUCUAGUAAAAUUAACAUCUACACUUUAUUUCUCUCGGUUAUGUUUUUGAGCACAGAGCAGAGGCCUACAUUAUUUUGUGACUGUGAACAAUCCUUUUUGUGUGCGUAGAAUGGAAAUUGAAAGCGAAUGUUAGCUGAGCUGUGCUGCAUGGUUGUAUAAGGGACCCGUGACUUUUUCAUAGCUUUCUAGCUCUAGUUCUACCACUAGAUACCAAAUCGCACACGCUAUCGGAGAAGUCGGAGCAGCGAGUUGAGCGAGAUUAAAAAGUGAGCUAUUCGAAUCAUCAAUUGGAACGCGAUAACAAUAAUUUAAUGAUUCUCGUGUCUUCGUCCAUCUAACUGCAGUCUUCCGUUGAUUAUCAUUAAAUGUAUACUUCCUCUGAAAAUAAGUUAACUGUUCGAUUUAAGUCGGUCCUUGGGAUUUAAUACGCUCAUUAAUUUCGUCUGAGCACCGAAGCCAAGAAAGUACAACUGUUCAGAUGUUCGGCUUUCAUUGUCUUCGUUUAAAACUUUAAAGAGGAGAUGAUUUGCCCUAUUAGCUAAGUGCAACACUACAUGAUACAAACGGUUCGUCUGGGGUAGACGUUUUGAUUCAAUUUAUGUAAGUCAGCAGAAGUAUACAUGUGGCUCUGGCUCUGAAGCGAAACAUUAAACAAAAUCUUCAACUUUAGUGUUCUAAAGUUCUGAAGAAAUUGCUCUGAUUCUGAGCAAAAUAUUUAAUUACGAUGACUUGGAGCGGUGGACAUUGGCGUAUGCACAAGGUGCGUUUCGCAUUCAAGACCGGGUUCAUCGUAACGCUUUCCUUCUGCCUCGUCCAGCUCGUUUGGUUACCACGACCACCGUACCAACGUCGAGAUGAUGUCGCCAUCCAGGGGGCAUUGAAAAGGAAAGCCGACGUCAUUGACUACUCGUCUAUUCAGGCUCUGGAAUCGGGCCCCGUCGCGAAGUCGACAGGACAAAAUGGCGCUCAAAGAAAGCUGUCGUCGGAAAGUGAGGCCGAUCAGUUCCCGCCAAAUUUUGGGCAGCAGAGGCCUGGGAAAUUUAAUAAUGGAAUAAAUCAGGAUGUUGGGUCUGCGCGAUUUGAUAGGAAGUUGGAGAACUCGCGUGCUAGUUUUGAUAUUCCAGCUUUAAUCACCAAUGGUCAAGAUCAAGAAACUCCAGGAGAUAAACUGAAAAGAGAAUUCGAAAGGUUUCAAAAUCAUAAAAGAAAGACAAGACUGCAGCAACAAAAAGGCGAGCCUAAAGAUGAAACGCAUCAGGUGUUUGUACAAGUCAACAGAACCAGAGCAAUAUCGGCGCUUUUCAACGAUGAGCACGACAUCUCUAAAAACAGAAAUGAUUUCUCCGGAGUUAAUGGACAAACAGUUAACAAAAGGACUCUACCAUUUGAGGAUCCGGGUUAUGUCUGGAGGGAAGAUGGGCUAGGAGAAAAUGGAAAGGGUGUGGUGGUUGCACCUGAGGAUAAGAAUGUGGCGGAUGAGUUAUUCAAGAAGCACCAGUUCAAUGUUUUUGCCAGUGACCAGAUAGCAUUGAAUCGGACGCUUCCAGAUCAUCGUCCUCCAAGGUGCCGAAUGUUUAGAUAUCGCCACGACCUCCCCAGCGCUUCGGUCAUCAUCGUUUUCCACAACGAAGCUAAGAGCGUGCUUCUUAGAACGAUCUGGAGCGUCAUCGUACGAUCACCGAGGCACCUUCUGGAGGAGAUCGUGCUGGUCGACGAUGCCAGUAGUCUAGAAGGAGAAGAUUGGUAUAGGGGCUGGCUCGAAGAUUACAUCUCCCAUCUUCCCGUACCUACGCGGUUGCUCCGCAUGCCGCAUCGUAGCGGAGUCGUAGGGUCCCGACUCGCAGGAGUGUCGGCAGCAAGUCGUAAUGCUACCGUGCUUGUCUUCCUGGACUCGCAUUGUGAAUGUACGGAGGGGUGGCUGGAACCGCUCUUGGACUGCAUCAAUAGAAACAGUACUCGAGUCGUAAGCCCUGCUAUCGACUCUAUCAGUGACACGGAUUUCUCGUAUACCUUCAUCAGAGGGAUAGCCCGGACCGGAGGCUUUAGCUGGUUCCCAGAAUUCAUGUGGACACAUGCACCUCAGAGGGAGAUGAAAAGGGUGUGGCAGGAUGCUGCAACACCAUUGAGAACACCGACUAUCGCAGGGGGUCUUUUCGCCAUAGAUCGAAAGUUCUUCAAGAGCUUGGGAUAUUACGAUCCAGAACUGCAUGUCUGGGGCAGCGAAAAUCUGGAGCUCUCUUUUAAGGUGUGGCAAUGUGGCGGAAGCCUGGAAGUAGUUCCGUGCUCCAGAGUGGGUCACGUAUUCAGAUCCAAGCCUCCUUACGACUUUCCUGGCAACCCAGAGACUGUGCUCCUACGCAACAACAAAAGAGUUCUCGAAGUGUGGGGUGGGCGGAUUAAACACUUAUUCUACGGGCUGACGCCAGAGUACCAGGCCGUGGAUGCCGGGGACAUUUCGUCAAGGAUACGGAUAAGGGAUGAGCUGAAGUGCAAAAAUUUUGAGUGGUAUUUGGAGAACGUGUAUCCAGAGAAUAUCCUGCCACUCAACUUCCAGGCACUUGGAAGGUUUAUGAAUGAGGGAGUGAAUCUAUGCAUCGACGUGCUCCAUGCUACCGAUGGGAGACGGAUGGGGGCGCACCUUGCUGUCAAUGCAUGCCGGGAAGGUGCUCUUGCGCAGACUUUUUCUUGGAACGAUUUGAGUCAACUUCGGCAUGACCGUUUCUGUAUCACAGCAGUAGAGGGCGACAAUCAUGUAAUGCUCCUUGAGUGCCAAGACGUGCACUACAACAGACUACUCACAAAUCAACAAUGGCAGUAUAACGAACAGAUUGGAACAAUGCAGCACCAACUCACAGGCCAAUGCAUGGGACUGAAGAAGAAAUUGGACAAAGAAGUAAUGAAAUCAUUUGUAAUACUUGAAGAAUGCAACUCAUUAUCGACCCAACAGUGGGCCAUCUUAGAAACAUUUACUGAAAUCACGUGGAGAUAGCACACAGCAAAUAUUGCAAUUCAGGACCCUGUUUCAUAAAACAAUUGUUAUCAAUAACAAAUGCUAAAUUUUGAUGACAAAUUUUCUCUCAUCCAAUUAGAUGCUUAUAACAGUAGUCAUACAUUGUAACUUGUUAUCGGUGACAAUUUUUAUGAAACAAGGCCCAUAUUUCAAAUAUAGGAUCAUAACUACUGUAAUAAAAUGUAUUAACAACACUCAAGGGCACUUGCAAUAGUAUAUUGUAUCCCAUAGAAUCAUGUUUGGACUAUUUGAUUUGAUUUGAUUUGAUUUGAUUUUGUUCUGCAUUCAUAUAAGUACACAGUGUUUUUAUAUAAGAAUAAUGAUAUAAAGUACAAUAAGUAUGUUUCUGACAAUGAAUCAUAAAUGAGCAAAUAUAUAUAACAAUUGUUAUUUUCAAACCAAAAUGAUGAACUGUCACAAAUACUAAAUUUCAUCAAACAUUACAAAAUUAUUUGCGGAAGAAGGAUUGUCAUUGUAAGAAAUGAUUAUACGACAGCCCCAGACAAGCCUCAUGAAAUAGAUUAACACAUUUAUUCAGCAGAACGGAUAGGUAAUUAAAAAUACAAAUUUUAAUGAUGGUGAUAUUAACAAUGCAAGAUGAGGAGGAGGAUGAAGAUCGUGAUGAAGAUCGAUGAUGAUGAUGAUGAUGAUGAUAAUGUAUACUACAUCAUUGUAAUGUUUUCCAAUUUCGAGAAAUGAUUGGCGUUCGUGUCGAUAUAAGUAGAACUCUCUAAAUUAUAGGAGAUGAAACCAACUUUUGGGGAGUCAUAUUUAUUAGGGAUCGCUUCAUUUGAGGUGGCAGUCUACUAUCAAACUAUAUAGUCAAAGUUACUCUCAAAAGAGUUAAUUAAAUCACCAGUUUGGAGUGGAUAACACAAUCACUUGGAGUGGAUUCGACCCAAAAGGACGCGAUCCCUCAUAAUGAGUCCUACAAUAAAGUUGGUUUCCACUCCUCGGCAUUAAGAAUAACAUGAUCGUAAAUACUUUCAAGAAAGCAACUUUAGGCAAUUGUUUCAGUAGCCUUGUCCAUUGCCGGUUGAAUUAUGUAAACAGUACACUGUCAUAUUUACACAAUUCGAACAUGGUUUCUACAAGCAGUAAGUGAGUUGAUUUAUUGAAACUCUUUUCGAACGUGUUUCAUGUUGAAGUGUGUAUUUUAUUGAUUUACAGGGUCAUGUACAGGACCAAAGAUUGUUUUAGGACCAACCGAAACAUUCUCUGAAAAACGAGGGAACUCCUGUUUUAUUUGAGCAAACAUUACAUGGAAUGUUGUGUAAUCUAAAUAUGUUGGUUUCACAGAAAUGAAUUCAUGUGAUUAAUUUCUUAAUGAAAAUAUCCAUUAAUUUGGCUAAAGCUAGGGUAAUAAUUUCCAAAACUCUUUGGAAACGCAUUGUUAAUAUAUUAUGCGCUAUACAAGAACUGAAUAUUAUUAUUAUAAUGGUGAUAAAAAAGAGGGGGGAAUGACUUCAAUUUGUUUUUAAACAGAAAACUCAAGUCCCCCUUGCAAACAUUCCUAUACAUAUCUAUAGUCACUUAAUCCUCGUUAUAGUGACUGUGGCAUUUAAUUGCUCUUUGUAUAAUUAUACAAAAGGAGACAUUAUAAUCCAAUUGCAGCUCCUAUUUAACAACUAAAAGGUGUAGGAUGUCAUCCCCUAACAGAUAGAACUUCUCACUGAGUUUGAGGAAAUUGUGAGAUCCCUAGAAAUUAACAACUUUUGCUCUUCUUUUUAUUGGACCAAAUUGUAUGAUCGGCCAAGAGCCAGAAAGGCAUAACAGAGCAGCAUCCAAAGUGAAUGUCUUUCUUGUUCUGGUUUUAUUUUUUUAAAACGUUCGUUACAAUGUGUCAAGACCAAAUAUCUGUGUUGCUUAAAUUGUAGUAACCCAAUUAAGAAACACACAUCAGGGCCCCGUCUUACAAAGAGUUACGAUCGAUCCAAAUCAAUCGUAAGUCCUCCAAUCAAUCGCAAGUUUGCAGUCUCCUAUCUCUUAUGUACAUAGUUACGAUUGAUAUCAAUCGCAAAUAAGUUACGAUUGAUAUCAACUCUUUGUAAGACGGGGCCCAGAUCAGUCUAUAUCUUACUAAUAUAAACAUAACGGUAGAUAUAAUAUUGUCUACUAUACAAUGGACCAAACAACAGAUAUAUCAUCUUGUAUAACCAAUGUUUUGUUUGUUAUCGGUCGUUUUAGGUUCGAUCGGGCAAUGUGACCGAUGUAUUUAAUAGGCUGCAAUGUUUUCAGGUGUUCCGUGCAAAAUAAAUUCCAAACAACUCAUGUCAAAGGCUGACAGUUUUGAUAACUUUUGCAAUGAAUUAAUAUACGUUCUGUUAGUUAUAGAAGUGAUUUUCGUCAAAAUGUAAUGUUUUAUGUAAAUUUGCCAUUUGUAUGCCUCCGCCCACUGAAAGUGGUGCCGGAGGCAUUAUUUAAUUUUGUGUCUUCAUGUUGAUAUUUAUUUUCACUCUCAAUAAAAAUAAUGCUAUUUACAUAAAAA